CUUGUCAAAUCGACAUUUGACGCCCGGUCCGACCGGGUCGUCGGGUGGAUUUUAUCAUUCCAUUCGGUGGGCGAUAAUAAAAUCAACAAGAAGCUUGUUAUUCUGUUUAUUGUGAAAUUUAACUUGGUUUAUUAAUUGAAAAUGAAAUGUAUUAAUUCCAUUCUCCAAAUUAUACUUUUGCUGAAUGUGUGCUUUGCGACGUUGUCACCGCCUACCGACAAGAAGGCACAAAAGACUGUAAAAACUCAGGAAGGGCCAAGAAAAAACAAUGUUUUGGAGCGAAAACUUGUUACAGAAAACCCUUUGGCGAAGGACAUUAUAAAAUACCAUGGCACAUACCAUCAAGAUGUGUCUUUCCGUAAUUUCAAGGGCUCUGUUCUAGGCUAUGUUACUCCCUGGAACAACAAGGGCUAUGAAGUAGCCAAAACUUGGGCAUCUAAGUUUAAGUACAUCUCUCCAGUGUGGCUUCAAAUCAAACGACAGGCCCCCAAUGUUUACAUCAUCACAGGGCUGCAUGAUGUUGAUCAUGCCUGGAUGAAGUCUGUCAGGCAGAAAGGAUCAAAUAAUAAUUUAAAAAUUUUACCAAGGAUCAUCUUCGAGAACUGGCAGGUGUCAGACCUGAAAGCUUUCUUCCUGGAGCCCACCUCCCACUCUGAGCAGAAGGCGUUUAUAGAUGAGAUCAAGAAGGCCUGCAAGCAGUGGAAGUUUGAUGGAAUGGUUUUGGAGGUGCUCUCGCAGAUCGGAAAAUAUGCAGAGAGAUCUGUGAAGUUCAUCCAGCAGUUUGGAAUGGAAAUGACAGAGGAUGACUAUCUAUUAAUCCUUGUGUACCCACCAUUCCGAGGCUAUCCUACAGAUGAGUUCUUCGUUCAAGCAUAUGAUGAUAUUUAUCCAUAUGUGGAAGCUGUGUCAGUGAUGACAUAUGAUUUUUCUAGUCCUCAAAAACCAGGCCCCAACGCGCCAUUGUACUGGAUGAGACUGUGUCUUGAUAAACUGAUAGAUAAUGAUGAAAAUACUUUGAGGCGGUCUAAAAUCUUACUUGGCCUGAAUUUCUAUGGGAACUCCUAUACAGCCAAUGGAGGCGGGCCGAUAGUUGGUACGGAAUAUAUUGAGUUGCUCAAGAACGCAAAAAAUAACCAAGCACUGUCCUUCAAUAAUAAUACAGCUGAAAACUACAUCGAGAUUAGGACUUCUCAAGGCGCUAAGAAGAUAUUCUACCCCACCCUGUACUCCAUACAGAGGAGACUGGACCUAGCCAGGGAGUUUGGUACAGGGGUUGCUAUCUGGGAGCUGGGACAGGGCUUAGACUAUUUCUACGACUUAUUUUGAUCUCUUGAUAUUAUUUCUAAGUUAUUAUAAUAUACCGAAUUAAUUUA